AUGUCCUAUGCAAUCCAUCCCACUCAGUUACUUACCCACUCAUCAUCUAACACCUCCUGCCUCCCCCCUCCUCCUCCUCCUCUCUCACCUCCUCCACCUCCUCACCACCACCACCCCUCCCACCUCAUCCCCGUCACUCUCCCCCAGCCUUCCAAAACGCCACCGGGUACCUGGCAACGCACGGACGUCCACCUUGAGAACCCUGAGUAUCACACGCGCUGGUACUUCAAGUACUUCCUCGGCAAGGUGCACCAGAACUACGUGGGAGUGGACACGGACAAGAGCUGCUUCUUCCUCUCCGUCGUGCUGUCCGACCACAACAACCUGCGGGUGCCACAGUACCGCGCCGUCCUGUGGAGGAGGCCGGGCUCACUGAAGAUCUGCCUCCCCUACUGCCCAACUAAAGCCUUCUCCGUCAAGUCCAUCCUCAGCGCGAUAUCCCUGGACAAAUUUGAGAGAAGCCUUCGAGAAAUUUUAAAUCCCGAAAUACAGAAGGACUUGCUCGUUCUGGAGGAGCAGGAGGGCUCGGUAAAUUUCAAAUUCGGCGUCCUCUACGCGAGGGAAGGGCAGCUCACUGACGACGAAAUGUUCAGCAACGAAACGGGCAGCGAAGACUUUGAUAAGUUUCUGGGCCUCCUCGGGGAGCACAUUUCUCUCAAGGGCUGGGUGGGCUAUCGUGGCGGCCUGGACACCAAGAACGACACAACGGGAACGCACGCGGUCUACACCAUCUACCAGGGACACGAGAUCAUGUUCCACGUGUCCACCAUGCUCCCUUACUCCAAGGACAACCGACAGCAGGUGGAGCGCAAGCGGCACAUCGGCAACGACAUCGUCACCAUCGUAUUCCAGGAGGGAGAGGAGUCGUCCGUGUCCUUCAAGCCCUCCAUGAUCCGCUCCCACUUCACGCACAUCUUUGCCUUGGUGAGGUACAACAGAGCCACGGGCAGCUACAGGCUACGCAUCUUCUCCGAGGAGAGCGUGCCGCUGUUCGGGCCCCCGCUGCCCACUCCGCCGGUGUUCACCGACCACCAGGAGUUCCGAGACUUCCUCCUCGUCAAGCUGAUCAACGGAGAGAAAGCCACUCUGGAAACGCCGACAUUUGCGCAGAAACGCCAGCGGACGCUGGACAUGCUGAUACGAUCCAUGUACCAGGAUUACACCCCUGACAUCUACAAGAACAUGCUGAACCGCCGGUCGCUGAGCGACGUGCUGCCUGAGUCACCGCGCUCGGCGAGGAAGAGGGAGGAAGCCCGCCGGGCGGAGUUCGUCCGCGUUGGGCAGGCGCUAAAGCUGAAGACGAUUGUGCGCGGGGAUGCGCCGACGAGCCUGGCGACGACGGGACUGUGCAGGAAGGAGCCCUGGGAGCCGCAGUGCUACGGGCAGAACUUCCCGUACGAGGUGUACUGUGCCGACUCAUGGCGGAGCGGGCUGCUCGUCUCCACGGAGGCCGGCGUCCUGCUCCUCCACGAGGGGCAGCCGCCUCUGCCGGUGCUGGACCGCAGUUUCUCCGUGCGCCAGAUGAACGUGAUCGAGGCACUGGACAUGCUGGUGCUGCGCAACGAGAAGGGCAAGGAGUCGCGCGUGUUCGUGUUCCGCCUGUCGGCCGUCUGGAAGUCGGUGGAGGAGCAGGCCGGGGUGCUCGGACGCGUCGAGUGCCGUGAGCACAAACUGGAGAAGACGAAAGGUUGCCACCUGUACGCGGUGAACACGCACAGCGCGGGUGGCAACCUGCGGGUGGUGAGCGCCAUCCGCUACAAACUUCUUCUGGCCACGUGGAGGCGCUCGCCCGGCGGAGUGCCGGCCGACUCGCCCGUGGAGGAGUUCCAGUACAUACGGGAGAUCUGUCUGUCCGACACGCCGCUGGUACUCACGCUGGUGGACGGCCCCACGGGUGAGAACGACAAUGUGCUGUGCGUGGCCUACCGCCACCAGUUCGACCUCGUCAGCGAGAGCACCGGGGAGUGCCACCGCCUGCACACCGUGGACGCCAGCAAGGUGAACUUCGUCGCCGCGAUUGAUCUCUACGAGGAUGGAGAAGCCGGGUUGCUCAUCUGCUUCAACUACACCUGCUUUUACAAGAAGGUCCUGCCCUUCAAUGGGAACUCCCCGCAGUUGCAGUCGUCCGCUUCAGACUACCACUUCACUUGGAACCAGCUUCCCAGCUCCAUCGUUUGCGCGUUCCCGUACAUCCUGGCGUUCACCAUCGACUCCAUCGAGAUCCGGCUCGUCGUCAACGGCAACCUCGUCCACACCACCAUCGUGCCAGACCUCAGCCUCAUCUCUUCGCGGUCGGACAUCUUCUUCAUGGCGUCGGGCCUGGUGACAUCGCGGAGAGCUUCGACGGAGCACAGCGCCGUCACCACGCCGCAGACGCCGCCCGGCGACGAGGAGCCGGCGCUGCCGCCCGCCCUCUCGCAGGACGGGGAGCAUCAGCCACGCCACAUCUACAAGAUCCCCCUGAGCAACCUGGUGGGGCGCAGCAUCGAGAGGCCCCUGAAGUCCCCCCUGGUGGCCGUGGCCACGAGCCCCCAGGCGGCCCCCGCCGGCGGCGGCGGUGGGGGGGCCGCCCAGCCGCCCCUCAUCCCGGCGUCGCACUCCCUGCCGUCGACGCGCAUGGAGAUCAAGGAGAUCGCGACGCGCACGCGUAGGGAGCUGCUGGGGCUCUCUGAAGAUCUCCCGCAGGCCCGAGGCGACGCUGCCAGCGGGAAGCAAAGGUGGCCACGGGGGGGGGGGCACUCCGGGGAGAGAGCCUGCCCCCCACGGUCCACCAGCAGCGACAGGUUCACAUCUCGCAGCUUCGAGUCGUCCUCCUCGGCGGGGGGCACCGAGACGCCCCCCUCGGCCGGCGUGUCGCAGGAGGCCGCCGCCGGCGCUGCCUGCGGUGGCGGAGUGAUGGCGGCGUGCGUGUCGGUCGCGUCGGACGCGGCGGCGGUGGCCGGCCUCGCCACGGCGUGCGUGGCCGCGGCGCGCGGCAGGAGGAGGCCGCGGCCCGCCGGGGGCGCCGAGCCGUCGAGCCCCUUCCGCCUGUCGGCGUCGCUUGACGAGGGAGACGACGUCGAUCUCAAGUGAUGGCGGCGGUGACGACGGUGACGACGACGAUGACGAUGGUGACGAUGGUGACGACAAUGAUGACGACGAUGAUGACGAUGGUGACGACAGUGA